AUGUUUAUCAACGCUCUGCUCUCCCUGGGCUACGCCUCCGUGGUCAUGGCCCACGCAGGGCAUGAACAGGAGCCCAUCUCUGGGCCUCAUCAGUCUCUGUGGUACAGUACUUUGCCUGGAGAUGGCGGCACCCAGGCGGAUUCUGUAUUUUCUGGUAUCACAACUUUUGGACGCUUGCCGUAUCAGCCAUGCUUGAGCCACAGCAGUAUCAAAUAUGACAUUGCAUUCAUUGGUGCCCCCUUUGACACCGGAACAUCUUACCGCCCUGGCGCCCGAUUCGGACCUUCGGGCAUUCGACAGGGAUCUCGACGCCUGAACCUCUAUGGCGGCUACAACGUCCCACUAGCCACCAAUCCUUUCAACAGCUGGGCAACAGUCCUUGAUUGUGGCGAUAUCCCCGUUACUUCGUAUGACAACACGUUUGCUCUUCAGCAAAUUGAAGAGGGACAUUAUAGCAUCCUCUCUCGCCCCCCAGUGACUGAUGCAGACAAGUCUGGGCCGGCAAAGAAAGGAAGGACCUUGCCCCGGGUCAUCACCCUUGGAGGAGACCAUACCAUUACUCUUCCCCUGCUUCGAUCUAUCAACCGUGCUUAUGGCCCCGUUUCCGUGAUCCAUUUCGACAGCCACCUGGACACUUGGAAGCCGAAGGUGUUUGGUGGUUCUCCAUCCGAUGUCGCCAGCAUUAACCACGGAACCUACUUCUACCACGCGGCGAUGGAAGGCUUGCUCGCCAACGACACUAACAUCCAUGCCGGUAUCCGGACCACCCUUAGUGGGCCCAGUGACUAUGACAACGACGGCUACUGCGGCUUUGAGAUUGUGGAGGCACGGGAAAUCGACACCAUCGGCACUGAUGGAAUCAUUGAGCGUAUUCUCAAGCGUGUGGGCACGGAACGACCGGUCUAUCUCUCUAUCGACAUCGACACGCUGGAUCCCGCCUUUGCGCCUGCAACUGGAACGCCUGAGACUGGUGGAUGGUCAACUAGGGAGCUGAGGACGAUCCUCCGGGGACUGGAGAGCCUUAAUCUCAUUGCAGCAGAUAUCGUUGAAGUUGCUCCUGCAUACGACACAAACGCAGAGCACACUACCAUGGCAGCAGCGGACGUGCUCUACGAGGUUAUGAGCAUCAUGGUCAAGAAGGGACCUCUGAGCAGAAUGAUCCAGGGGAAGGAGCAGAGUGACCUGUGA